AUGACAAUCCUAUCAUCCAAUCCUCACGACUCUAGCAAGAUAGUCCCUGUCACUGGCAAUAAAAGAGGAAAAGAAGAGAAUGACAAUGACACGAGCGAUCUUGCCUCAACAGAAAUGGAUUCGCCAGACAAGAUUCAAUUCUUUGGGUCCAUCAAAUUUUGGUUAAUUACCAUAGUUUCAUCCAUCUUGUUUAUCAGUAUCAUUGGUUUAUCAGGAAUUUGGUUAGGAAGUUUGCUUCCAUCAGUGUUCGAAUAUAGUGACAAAACUAGAGAGUUGGAAUUUGAAGGAAUCAUUUCCUACACCAAGCAAGCAUUGAGAGAAGUGGAGAUGAUUUCCGAGACCAUGAAACAUCAAUUAAUGGUCACUGCUGACUUGUCAAACUAUGAUUAUAUUGAAAAGAUUAUGUUUCCGUACAUUAAAACUGUUUGGCAGUUUCAUAAAGGAUUGGUCGUGACUGUGCAUAUUGGUGAUAAUAUGGGAAGACAAUAUGGUUACAUGGACUGGGGAGGCAAGCCAACUCUAUUCAACAUUACUACAGUCGAUCAGAAAAUGUAUUAUUGCCAAGAUUUUUACACUUUGGAUUACUGCAAAAGAAAUUCAACUCCCAACUUUGAAUUGGGCUUCUUUGAUUUAACCAUUUUAAUCAAUCAGGGAAAUACUCAUCCCGGAAAACCUUCAAUUACUUUGAGUUUUAUUGAUGCAACCACACCUCAGUAUACUUUCAUUACGAUGGUCAAUUCUAUUGCCUUGCCCUCUCCAGAUUCUAAGGGAAACAAAUUCAAAUAUUAUUUAGGAACAGACAUGUCUUCUGAGAGUUUUUCAAAUUAUUUGGCUGCAGUUACUAAACGUAUUGCAGGUUCUAAAAGUAUGAUUAUUGAAACAGAGACAUUAUACAUUAUUGGCAAUGACAAUCCAGAGGCCAAAGUUGCAAAAUUCAACCCUGAUGGGUCUCUGAUUCGUCAGACAUAUCAAAAGAUUGACAAUGAUCCUGUUGCAGCUCAAGUGGCCUCCAACCUUUAUUCUGUUUUAGGAACCAAUAUCAAACAAAUUCCUUGCAAUACAGGGGACUCGUACUCAUUCUCUGGAGAAACCAUUUCAGUUUAUCGACUCUGCACAAACACUUCCAUUGAUUGGUUAAUGGUAUUAUCUGUACCUAAAUGGAAUUACAUUGGCUCAUUCGUCAUUGGUGCAAUGGUUGCUUUAGUUGGAGUGGUUCUACUCACCGUCCUUGGAUUCAGUGUUGCAGCUCUCAUUUCUGUAAAGAUGACAAAGCCUUUUCAUCAAUUAAUUGAGUAUUUUGAAAGUGUAGCACAUAUGGAUUUGGAUCAUUUAAACAUUUCUGAAAGCAAAUUCAGUGAAGUGAAAUUAUUGCAAAAACAUUUCUUGAACAUGAUUGCCCGCAUUAAGCUUUAUCGAGCUUUCAUACCUGCUCACUUGCUGCAACAAUUGGAUAAUAAUAAUAAUAAUAAUAAUGGUAAUCAAGAUAUGAACAGGAAUCAUACUGAAGGAGGAGAUGAUUCAGCAUCUUCAGAUCGACAUGGAAGCAAGAGCUCAUUCAUGCACGAAAGUGGUCGUUCACUAAUGAAUGGAACUGAAAGAAAUCUCUCACACCUCUCAUCGGCUAAUUCAAGGAAGAGUCAUCAAAAUCAUCACCAUUCACACAAGAAAAAGUACAAUAACGGAGUGGAUAUGUUCUCCUUGUAUUUGGAAAGAAAGACGAUUACUCUUGUGUCGGUACAUAUUCAAGGCUUUGAUAAUUUAUUGCGAGAAAUUUCUCCAACGGAAUGCGUCGAGCUUCUCAAAGAUUGUUUCGAUCAUUUGAAUGGUCAGAGUAGAGCAUUGGGAGGUCAUUUGGGUAAUUUUGAAAAUGAUUGCAUUUCCAUAGCUUUUAACGCAAGUACUUGUCAACAAAAGCAUCAAGAAAAGGCUGCUUUGAUUUGUACUGUAUUGAAAGAGAAAUUGCAAACCAUUAAGGAAAAGAAAUGGUCCAACUCACAUCAUCUCAAAAAGAAACCAUAUUUAUUGGAUGAAGUGAAAUUCAUCAUGGCAGUUUGUACCCAAGACAGUUUGUGUGGAAAUGUUGGUUCGAACGAGAGCAAGAACUUUACAGUCAUUUCUAGUGCAAGAUUCAAUUUGGAUCAACUCAUUGAGACUGCGAAGAGGUUGGAAGUGUCCACAGUGGUCACUGAAAAGGUGUUUGACUCUCUCGAAUCAUCCUAUCUGUUGCGUUAUAUUGACACCAAGGAAUUACAGACCGAUCAUUCCUAUUCAUCUCCUCAUAUGGAACCUGCAACCACAAGCCAAGCACAGAAUCUGUUCACAUCUAUGAAUUGGGUCCAAGUUCACAAAUUCAAGUGA